AUGGGAGGUGAUAUAUUUCGUUUAUUGCCAACUGAAGCUACAGGUUGUUUAAUAAGAAUAAAAAAUAUAUCCUGUUUUGACAAAAAAAGUGAAGUAAUAAAUUUCGUGGGUCAUUUGGUUGAGAUAUGUUUGAUACAUGUAGAUUUAUUAAAGAAUGAAGCUUAUGUUUUAUUACAUUCAAGGGAAGAAGUUUUACAUUUUAUGAAACUAUAUUAUGUAAUAUAUAACAAUAUGCAUUUUAUUGAUAGAUCCAAGAGAAAUAUAGAAAUAGAAAUAUUUAAUGAAGAGAAGGAAAAUUUAUUUUGGAAAGAGAGUAAAAAGAAUUGUACUAAAUUUAAUAUAUGUUGUAAGGGGCACAAAUAA